GGAAGUGGACCCCCAAGCUAGGAGGAAGAAGCCGGCGCGGCCCCGUCAGCAGCCGGCUGCGGCUGUUGUGAAGGACGGUGGCCGCGCUCCCGUGAGCGGGUCUGGGGCCCAGCCGGCGGCCUGAAGGUGCGGCGCCAUGAAGCUGUACAGCCUCAGCGUGCUUUACAAAAGCGAGCCCAAAGCGGUGCUGCUCAAAGCCGCGUACGAUGUGUCUUCCUUCAGUUUCUUCCAGAGGUCCAGUGUUCAGGAAUUCAUGGCCUUUACAAGUCAACUGAUUGUGGAACGAUCGGCAAAAGGCAGCAGAGCCUCUGUCAAGGAACAAGAGUAUCUUUGCCAUGUCUACGUCCGGAGUGACAGUCUUGCAGGUGUGGUCAUUGCUGACAGCGAAUACCCUUCCAGAGUGGCCUUUACCUUGCUGGAGAAGGUACUAGAUGAAUUCUCCAAGCAGGUGGAUAGGAUAGACUGGCCAGUAGGGUCACCAGCUACAAUCCAGUACACAGCCCUGGAUGGUCACCUUAGUAGAUACCAGAACCCCCGAGAAGCUGAUCCCAUGAGUAAAGUACAAGCCGAACUGGAUGAGACCAAAAUCAUUCUGCAUAACACCAUGGAGUCUUUGUUAGAGCGAGGUGAGAAGCUUGAUGACUUGGUAUCCAAAUCGGAAGUACUGGGAACACAGUCAAAAGCCUUCUAUAAAACUGCCCGGAAACAAAACUCAUGCUGUGCAAUCAUGUGAUGUAGCCCCCGAGGCAGGCGCUGGAUCGUCAUGUCACAUCAGAACCACGGCCCCUGGAGAAGAAGCGAUGCCCCAGAAGAUCUGCAGCCAGGCAGACCGGCUGUUUUUAUUUUGAAGUUCUCAAGAGGAAUGGAAGGGUGACUUAAGGGUGGGAACAUUGAUGUUCAUAUGUGUGGUUGUGACUUUGGGAAAGAACUUGAGGUCUUCAAAGAUGUAAUGUUGGGAAAAAUGAAACAUAAACUAAGUGGCUCUUAUAGGUGCUGAAGGGCUUAUUCUCAGCCAACCCUGGAAGGCUCUGUGGGAGAGAAUCUUUCCUGAUCCUUGGUAUGACUUACGAUUUCAUUUGUGCAUUAACGAUAUUAACUCUCCAGUGAAUGGGGUGGGGGAGGGGGGGUCUCGGGUGAUAGGGCUGGGGUAGGCAAAGUUUGAACACUCCAGAAUUCUACUCUCUUGCACUGUGGGGGUUGGGGGAAGCUCACCAUGACCAUCAUCAGGACUGUAAAAGGCAGUGGUCACUGGGUCUCUGUUUGGCUUGCUUGUCUGCUAGAAUUGGCAUCUGCCAGGGACAGGGCCCAUCCUAAAUAUCUUCAUCCGGUACCACAAAUAGGACUUGUGGGAGGUACUUAGACUGGGAUGAGAAGGGCAAGGUUUGAAGUUGUGAUUUUUUUCAGCCAGCAGACUGUUCACACUGGGGCUGUUCUGGUGUUGGGAGGGUCAGCUGGGAGUGUCCAUCUUCAGGGGCAGAAGCAGACACAGGUGCCCUCAGCUGUCCAGUGUGGAGGCACACUCACCUUGACUUGCAGGCAGACUUUGGACAUCAAGAUCAAAGUAGUGGGUGCUGGUUUUAUCUCUGUGUCUACAAGGCUGUCUUGGCAACUGCUUAGGGCCUGUGUGUUUGAACAAGUCAUUCCUGUGGGUACCAGGAGAGAUUCCAGCAGCCCGAAGAUUCCCAGUAGCCGCCUGUGGUCUUUCCAGCUCUGGCCUACAAUUCCUUCCCCAGUCAGAGACAGCUGCAGGGUAGGGCAUGUAGAAGGGUUGGUCUGAGCUGGCACCCACUGCCAGCCCAGUCUGGUGAGCCCAGGAUGUGCUGGGUCCCACAUUGCCUCUUCAUGUUCUGCUGUGCAAAGUGUAUAUCAUAUCAUGGGAUCCUGUCUCCCCAGAAGCGACUGCUGGGAUGCUAGCCUCUGUGAGUUUUGAAUCAGAGUUGUCUUAACUCUGAUGGUCUCUGCCCUGAGCCUGUUGAACUACCCCCAGUGUGCCCAUAUAGGGAGGGGAAUGUCUACUGUGGCUUCCAAAAUUCUUACUUGUUGGUAUAUCUGCCUAUUUCUCUGGGUACUGCUAGCCAAAGGGCUCAGGCUCCCACUGGAGUGGCCUGCCCAUAUAAUUUCCCUGCUUCCACAGACCUCUCCAUCCCAGGGCCCCUGAACAGCAUGGAUCCAAUCUGUUGCUGGCACUUGAGGUGGAAUAAAGGACCUGGAGUGCUGCCUGUUUUUCUUCUUUUUCUGGAGGGUGCUGGGGAAGAGUGGGGGUUGGUAGAGGUAGACAUUUGUGGGAAAGAUACAACCUUUGCCCAGUCACAGCUGUCCUACAGGGUAUCACUCACCCUGCAUUGGAUUGAGUUGCCAUGUGUUUCCCAUCCUCCCUCCAUUGUAUUCUAAUGUUAAAUCACUUGACAAAAGUGUAUUUUAAUAAUGCCUAAUUUCUCUGUUUUGUUUGAAGGUUUCUGUCUAAAUAAAAUUGUCUUUUGAAAUUCA